AUGCUUAAUAAAAGUCUACAACAACAAUUUGUUGAAAAACUUAUGAAAUAUCCAGCAAAAACUGUAUUUGAACGUCAUAUUUAUUUUAUUAAUUUUAAUGAUUAUAAUCAUUCACAGCCAAUUUAUAUAAACUUAUUACGACAACCAGUAUCUCGUGCGAUAUCUGAUUAUUACUAUACACGUUAUAUGUGUACGAUUAAGAGAAUUUGUUUUCGGUUAAAUCGUGCAUAUACAAAUGAGACAUUAAAUGAUUGUGUAAAAUAUAAUGAAAAUCGAGCUCAUGUAUGUGUAUCCUUAGCGCACGGUGUUCAUUCAGCAAUAGCUUUUUUUUGUGGUCAAAAUGCCUAUUGUGAAGAUUAUAAUACUAGUACACAAGCAUUGACAACAGCUAUAUCAAAUAUUGAAAAGUAUUACAUAAUUGUUGGUAUAACUGAAGAUUUUCCUCGCACACUUUUCGUUAUGGAGCAAUUAAUACCAGACAUGUUUAAAAAUAUAAGACAAUUAUAUUUAAAUCAAAAUAUAAAACGGAUACUGAAUUAUACAGAACGUCCAUCUACAAUUAAGUGA